GCCGACUUCAUCUGCCUUCUAUCAUCUGGUUCCCGCUCCCUCCCGCCACGGGAAGACGCAUGUCUUCCCAGCACGCCGAGUCUCUGAUCAGCUUGUAUCCGCAAUAGAUGGCAUCGCGGCCGAUUUUGCCGUCGUGAGAGGAUCCUCUUUCGAGUCGCGGCCGCACCAGUCGAGGCCUUCCGUCGCCAAUAAUCAUCUCGCUUUGUGAUUGAUCGGCCCCUUCUGAGUAAGCCUAGCGACGAGGCUAUCUCCCUAACGGCUGGCGAAGAUGGGCGUCCUGAACCAGGCUCUGGUGAACGGCGUCCACGUCGUCGUAAGGACCGUCGAGUACCACGCGCGACAGGUUGCAACGCCCGGACCCGACAUUACGAGCAGCGUCGUAUCUCCACUCCCGAGCUCUACUUCUACCAUUCCUUUUAGUUCCACAUCGACGACGCUGCCGCCCUCGACGCCUCCGGGUGAUACCAACAACAACAACGAGCAAGGCAGCCGGGAUGGCGCCGGUUCGCCCUUGCUGUUUUUCGUAGCCCUGGGAUUCGGCGUCGUUUUUACCAACCUCUGGAUCAUCGUGGGCGUCAAGUAUUGCUUUCGAUACAAUGCCCGGAACCGUCAGCUGCGAGGACUGGAUGAGAACGGAGAGCCGAUCAACCUCGACAACAUGCCGGCCAGACCGCAUCGACGACGGCGUGAGAAGAAAUUGAUGACGAUGGAUGAGGUCAACGAGAAGUUUCCGAUGAUGAAAUACAAGGCUUGGGUGGCGGCGCGUGCGAGUGAAGGUUUACCAACUGCGGGUGGCAUCUCCGCCCCCCCGAGUCGCGCCAACAGUGUACGGAGCGUCGAAGGUGUUGCGUCGGAGAUAUCGCCGAAGAGACACGAUUCCGACGAGGACCAUCCCAACGCUCCCGCUACUUCGAGACCCACCGACGAAGAGAAGCCGAAACCUAACGCGACGAACCGUGACCCCCAAACCCGCGAAAACGGCGAUGCUACGUCUACCGAUAAUCCGUUGACCCAAGCUAAGACAGUGGAGAGUGUAUUGACGAAAGACCCCGACCGUCGCGCGAGCAUCGACGAUGACGACGAUGACGACGACGACGAACACAUUGACGCUGCUCUACCACCCGAGUUGCUAGGAACGCAGGGCGAUACGUGCGCCAUCUGUAUCGAUACGCUGGAGGAUGACGACGAUGUCCGUGGCUUGACGUGUGGCCACGCUUUUCACGCUGUCUGCAUCGACCCUUGGCUCACGAACCGCAGAGCAUCAUGUCCCCUCUGCAAGGCUGACUAUUAUACGCCGAAACCGCGUCCGCCACCCGCCGAAGGUGAUCCUACUAGCCCUACUUCCCCCGGCGCCGAUCCGUCUCGCAACGACGGUCGGGUGAAUAUGCCGAGGUCUCCGCAGCGCACCUUGACGUCCUGGAGCAAUUUCCGCGGGAUGCCACGAGGCACGGCUUCGGAUUCAGUAAAUCAAGCUCGUCCGCCUCGGAUCUGGCAGAGGAAUCGCCCUGGACCGCGACAGCAGCAACGUGCGGAGCCGGCACCCCAACCGGCGCAGGCCGAUAACGGUAGCUUCUUCUCCAGAGUUCGCAGCCGACUUCCGCCGUUCCGACGCAACGGGGGUUUACCAGGGGGUCGUGGCAAUGAAGCUCCCAGAGCUAGUGAAGUGACGGCGUCUGGUGCCAAUGGCGGUGCGAAUACCACGCCGUCGCAGCUAGAAGCGGGCGUGCGGCCGUCUCCGAAUGCGGCGACAAGCUAGGAAGCCUCUAAUCUCCAUAGACGUCGACUGUUUAUCAACCAAAUAUAUAAAUUUGCAUUUUUCCGCUGCUUCUUGAAGCAUGCUUACAUAUCCUGUACACACGACCGCACGAGAUAAUGAUUCCGCAUGCCUACACCUUCUCUUA